UUAAAGUGAAUAAUCGAAUUGCUUCACCUUUUAAUUGCAGGAAGAGUGGGAAGGGAUUUGGUGCUAAAGAAUAAGCAUUUUUUUUUACUCUUUUCUCCAUAAACUAAUUGCAUUUAUGUGGGAUCAGGUGCCAUAAUCAAAAAUUCCUUAGCCACCCUUUCCUUUUUCUACUUGUUUCUCAAGCCCAAUCCUUGUGCCUGUCAUUUUAAUCUUUCAAUAAUGAUAUUGCAAUGAAAAGACAUCAAACAAAUAUCUAUCUUAAUUAUAUGUGUCCAUUUGGUGCUUGGUAUCUCCUCCCAUCUGUAAACCAAUGCCCUUUCCUCCAUCCAGAAAAAGGCUAUCAGCACCUUGAUUACCCCUUCAUAUGUAGUCAUCCCCUAUCUCAUUCCAGGACUAUUUAGGUACAAUCUGAUCCUCUCUGUGUGAGUUCCAAGCAAAGAAUUUCCAACUACUUCUGCUAGAAAUUAGUAAUCAAUAGACCCUGGUAAGCCCAAAUCAUUGUACUCAUAAUCCAAAUCAUUUUCUACAAUCCUUUUUGCUUUUUCCAUGUAUGGUGGUGAUGAUCUGAUGGAGAAAGGAGUUAACAGGGUUAUGGACUCUUUGUGGUUUUGGAAGCCAUAAAUUCUUUUGCACUCACCCUUUGAUGUACCAUGAAAGCCCUUUCUUUCUUUACUUUAGUUCCCAAAGAAGAUGCUUUUUUUGGCUGUCUUUAUCUAGUUGGAAUCGUGACAGACAUAACCAUAACUCAGAGGCCCAUAUCUCUCCUUAGUUGAAAGCUGAUGAACAAGAACCAAAAGAAAGAAAAGCAUAAGCCCUCACUUUGAUGUUUCCCAUCACUCCACUUUCUCUAUAUAUCAGCAGCAAGUGAAGCUUCAGCCUUUAUUUCCCUCAACCACACAUCCUUGCAUAGCACGCUGAGACUCAGGGAAGUUGAAGCAAACAAGCAAAGGAUAUAGUUUUUUCAGCCAAUGAGAGAGAUGAAUUCUCUUCUUUCAGUGUCCUUUGUGGUUCGAUUCACAGAAGAAAGAACUGGGAGCAAAGAAGUUAGAAGCUUCUAUGUCUAAGUUCAUCAAAGAGGCUUAAAAGACAACAUCCCAAAAUUCAAAAGGGUAGUAGAAUUUUCAACUCUUUCUAUAGGCUUUUGGUGCUUGCCAAUUGGUGAUAGAAGCUGGAAAUAGCAAUGGUGACUCAUUAUCACCGUCCACACCGCCUUCUCCUUGACACACAAUCAAGCGCGUCACCAACAAAUGGAAACAGAACACGCAGCUCUUUCUCCAAUGAAGCCAAUUUCGACACCAAUAUGGUGAUCAUCCUGGCAGCUUUGCUUUGUGCACUGAUUUGUGCCCUAGGACUAAACUCCAUAGUGCGUUGUGCUUUGCGUUGUAGUAGAAGGUUUGCUUUUGAGACCCCAGAUGAGACAGCAGCACGUCUAGCUGCAACGGGCCUGAAGAAGAGAGCAUUGCGCCAGAUUCCUGUGGCCGUAUAUAGUUCAGGGAUAAAUAUAAAGGCUACAGAUUGUCCAAUUUGCCUAGGAGAAUUUAUUGAUGGUGAAAGAGUCAGAGUUUUGCCAAAAUGUCACCAUGGUUUUCAUGUGAGGUGUAUAGAUACAUGGUUGCUGUCACACUCAUCCUGUCCUACUUGCAGGCAAUCAUUGCUAGAGCAGCCAACUAGUUCUGAUGCUGGUGCAGAGAUGGAGGCCGGAGUCCAGCAACAUGGGAAUUCACCAGGAGGACAAUCUGAUGUUCCAGUUGCAGCAGAUGAGGUUUAAUUGAUCCUGGUUUGAAAAUAGUUCUCCACCAGAUGAGAAAGCGGGCAUAGAGUAGCUUUGUUAAUGUUAUUUGGCACUUUCUAAGUUGGUUUGUUUAUGUAUAUGCAUAGAGAGAAAUAUUGAUUGCCACUGAAUUGCAAAUGAAAAAAGAAUUUCUGAGGCUUGCUGUUUCCUCACAUGCUUUGUGUUGGGAGAUGGAGAAUGUCUCCAGAGGGCUAGAGGAUUAUUGCUUUUUCCAUGAUUACGGGCAAAAUGUCUACCAAUCCAUGUCCAAUUGUAUGUGAUGAGUCUAUUGGGAAAUAUAGUUGAUGCACCUGUUUCAACCUUUGUAUAGAAAGAAGGAAUGUUAUGCUGAUGAAAAACUCUGAUAUUUUUGUAAGGAGCAGAAUCACUCAACAAGGAGUUGGAUAGUUUGAUAGAAAGUUUCCAGAUGUACCUGCAAAUGAAACAGAACAGAGAGAGACCUCCUUAAUUGCAGUCUGAACAGUAACUUUCUCCUACUUGCUUAAUUUCAAUUUCAGAAUUGGUCUCUCAGAUGUGGCCUUUCAACACACAUAGAAUGUGCCGCCAACUAGUCAAUGGUUACAGGUGAAGUGGCCAUUCAAAAGGAAACCAGUUCUGGGGUUUUGAUUCCUUUGCUUGAGUUACAUCCACUACAAAGCAUCUAUGCACUUUGCAAGCAAGCAAGCCCUCGGUGUCUAAUUCUUAGCCUCAGCCCACAUGACAUUUGAACUGCUGUCAUGCUGAUGCAAUAUAUAUCUAAUUCAGCAAUUAGCAGUGAUGUUCAAAAGUCAUUUCAUUUACCAUUGGCUUCUGUAAUUUUAGAGUACAAAGGGAUCUUUCCUUUCAGUCAGUUUUUAUGCCUCAACUCUUCAUUGUCUUACUCUAUUACCCAAUUUUACACUUAUGGAUGCCUCAAAGAGUUGGUCCUUAGUCAAAUAAAGGAAUUCAUUGGAAACAAA